AUGCAGAACAAUCAAGCCGGUGGCAGUAGAGAAUUUACUUUAAAAAUAAAAAAGAAUUCAGAUGUGAAAUAUCAGUUAUUGAAAUUUAAUAAAAACAAUGAAGUUGAAAAAUGGUCAAGUCAUACUAAAUUGAAGAAAGAAGUCAAAGGUGACAGAAAAACACCAGUAAUCGAUGAUAUGCCCAAGUUUGGAGCGGGAAGCGAAUUUGGUCGCGAAGCUAGACUAAAAGCAAAGAAUAAAAAAUAUAACAGUAACAAAAACCUGUCAGAAACUACUUCUUGGAAUUUGGAUAUUGAAGGAAAAAAAUUUAAAGGUGCAAGGCAAGGUGGAAUAGAUGAAAAUUGUUCAUACUACAUAUUUAGUCGUGAAGAAGGUAAUGUGAUAAAUGCACAUAAAUUAGAAGAGUGGUAUAACUUUCAACCUGUAUUACGUUACAAGACAUUAACAACCAGCGAAGCAGAGGAAGAGUUUGAAAGGCGUGAUAAUGCUUACAAUAAGUUUAAUAUAAUGAUACAAAAGAAAUUAAGCAAUGAAGAAGAUGAAGAAAUUGAUGAAUAUAAUGAAAAUAAAGAGAAAAAUAGAGAUAAAAGUUGUAAAACAAAAGAAUUCAAAAUAUCUGAAAUGGAUGAAUGGGAUGGCAGCAAUGAAGAUUCAUCAAACUCCACAGAGGAAAAAGACAAUGAAAAAAUUAAAACCAAACAUAAACAAAAAAGAAAAGUCAAAACUAAACCAAAAAAUAAGUCGAAAGGAUCUGACAAAUCAGCAGCGGAAGACAGUGAUAAUGGUGAUGAAGAUGGAAGAGAGUUGGAUUAUAUAUCCGAUUCUUCAGAGGAUGUGUCGGAUGUUGAAGCUAAAGUAACUAAAGAAUUGAAGGGGGUGUCUGAAGAAAAAGCAUUAAAGAGUCUCUUGGCAUCUGAUGAGGACACUGAAGCAAAAGAUGAUGAAAGUAAAACAACUGAUAUAAAUGUCAAAAACAAUACUGAUUCAGAAAAUUCAGAUAUGGACAGUGUACCAAUUAAUAUAAUACCAGUUAAUUUGGAUGGAAUGAAAACAAAUAGUAAUGAUCCAAUUUGUAUACCAAACAUAUCAUCUAAUCAAAGCCUGGAACCCCCACAGAAAAAAGUUAAAGAGGAAUUGUCGCCAGUCACAAUGUUUGAUACACAUGAUAUAACUGAAGAGGCUGUUCGACGAUAUUUGUUACGAAAACCAUUCACUUCAGCUCAACUCAUCAACAAGUUUAAGAAUCGUUCCAAUUUAAGUUCCGAACAAUUAGUUAAAGCUAUAGGAUUAAUAUUAAAAAAAAUCAAUCCUGAAAAGCAAAUAAUACAGAACAAAAUGUACUUGAUUUUGAAUAACUAA